AUGACAUUGAACGGCACGGAGGGCGUCCAUUGGGUCGAGGAACUCCCCAUUUAUGAGCACCUCUACAAUGUGUCGCCGCAUCAGGCUUUAGGAUCUAAAUUAUGUCCUUUCGAAGUCUUUUAUGGCAGGCCAAACAACGCUGUCCUUUAUAGCCAUGUCAUGAAGACGAUCGAAAAUACAAAUGAUUACAAGUAUGAUGAUGUGUGUAAUGGUGACUUUGUUGACAUGGACAAUGAAACAGACGCUGCUUCCUCAUUCAACAGUCUCCAAACGGUGCAAGAAUCUAUAGCUAAUUCAGAGAUUGCAGACAGUGAUCAGGGUAGUGUCCGAAGCCAUUGCGUCGCUACCUGGCUCGAAACUUGUCGCUUGCUACGGGAGGCUGCCUUAAAGUCUACCAACAAAGCUGCCUCUAAGAUGAUUGGUCGUCGCCUUGGAUUGAGGGUACCAACAGAGUAUAAAGUAGGAGAUGACGUCUUAGUCCUCUUUCCUGCAAUAAGACCAGGCCGAAGGAGAAAGCAGCAGUAUCAUCGUUUUAUUACGUCUGUGCCUGGCAGAGUAGUAGCAGCGCAACCAGAUCAGUACCGAUAUCGAGUGGAGUUUCAUCAUCAAUGGAAGUCAACCACAAAAUGGCUUUCGGUAACAGACAUCACAUCUCCGUCGCUGUCUUUAGAAAAAUCUACAAGUAAGAUGUAGGUAGAUCAGCCAACUUGUCUUUGCUAGCACCAAGUUUUUGAUAACUUGCACCGUGAACAUUCGGCACAGCUUUAUGCAAAAAUUGAAGAUGACUGCGAAACACAAAGCUAAAAUGA